GGGACACAGUAAGAUGCACUUUGGAAAGGUCCAACUUAAAAAGUCGAAAGUCAAGUGACAAGAGAUUCUGCAGUGAGCUGAAGAAUCAGUGUGUAGUCUCCGACCAGAGCUAGUUCGUGAAGAAUGGACGGUGAGGCAGCGCUAAUACCCCACUCUACCCCGAAUCUGAUUAUGUCGCCGACGCUGGAAAAAGUUCCUCAGCUCCAGCGCCAGGACUCAGGCAGAGGCAUCACAACAUCGGGAGGAAACAUCGCAAGGAAACUAAACGAGCCAUUCCAAAUACAAAAUGGGAGUGAACUGGGAGAUGAGGAGAAUGUGACUUUUAUCACAGAAAGUAUGAGUGUCACUACAGCAGAUGAGGAGAAGCUACUACUUCUGAACAAGAACACUGAACUGAGACGCAUUAACCAAAAGCUGAUGAAACUCAACCAAGACUGGGACCAGAUCUACCGAGUAGCUACGAGUGAACUCCAGCAGAGACUGGCAGUACUACAGAUGGAGGUCUUAGAAACCAACCAGCAUGCAUGUGCACUUUCCAAAAAACUAGAUAAUGAGCAGUGCAAAAGGGAGUAUUACGAGCAAUCCUUUAUGCAAGAAAUGAAAAGGAAUCAACAGCUCCAGGAAUAUGUGAAACAGCUAGAAAAUAAAUUGCACACCAUAGCAGGAAGAGACCAAACACCACUGAAAGAUGAGCCAUGGAGACCAACUCUAAGUGAUAAAAUAGCCGACAAUAUUGUCCAAAAACCAGAAGUGAAUCAAAAACAAGCAGUGCCCUCAUCAGCGAACCACGCACAGGUCUUGGCAAAGUCAAGGGAGCUAGGUCAUUGCAGAAUGACAAAGCCAGAAGAAAGCCAACUCAGAUCUCCAUAUGGGAUCUCCCAGAAGGACUGUACGGAGCUUAUCGAUCAAAUGGCUGCCCUUAUGUGUCAGACAAAGCUGUUUGAAUCAGAUUAUAAGACGGAGCGCAAAGACCGACAACGCACUCAAGCUGAAAAUGAAAGACUAAAGAAAGCAACAGAAGAUAUGUGUCUGCAGAUGAAUCUUCUUCAAGAACAGCUCAAGAUAUAUGAGGAUGAUUUUAAAAGGGAAAGGUCUGAUAAACAAGUUCUUCAGCGCCUGCUAAAGAGUAAGUCGGAAAGUAAGGAGCCAGUUCUCAUCCACCGGUGCAACAACACGCAUCAGAAAUCUGGAGAAAUUAAGAGAAUACAGUGCAGUAAGCACUGCAUUGAGCGGCACUCGAAUUGUUCAAACCAUCAUAAGUGUAAAGGUGCAGAAGUUCAUGCAUUGCCUUACUCUAUAGACUACCAUUAAUGUAGAACUUUUGAAGGUUGCAGUGAAAGGAGUGUUAUCAGUGUCCUUGGAAACCUGCUUACGUUCAUGUCCUUAUUUAUAAUUGAGGCAAAAAAAAACUAUGGCCAUUAAAUAUUCUGCAUAAAUUAUUCUUGUGUUUGAAUUUCAUGCCCUUUGGAUGCAGAACAACCUCUUUAGAAUGAAUACGUUAACAUGUCUGUAUAAAAUUCCAUUAUGUGCCAGAUUAUUAAUGGAUUCAUUUAAUGAUGUAGUUAAAAUGAUAUACUGACGUAUGUGUUAGUUUGUUAACAGUAGCAUGGUGAUUAGUACCUUUUACCUAUGAAUUAGAAAGUAGCUGGUUCAAAUCAAAUGCAAGGCUGGAGCACAAUUAUCUAGGUCAAUGCUACAAUCCAAUAUUGAUCGAUCAUCCAAAUUACUGCUCAUUCUAUCUCACCACCCAGUCUGACGACAGAGGAAGAUGCUUGGCAAGACAGGACUUGGCAGGAGUAUAUUGUCCACCUGAGCAUGAUGGCCAAUAAUAUAAACUUUACAUAUAAUAGACAUCUGUUUAAACUGCUCCUCCAAAAAUGGUCAUGUUUAAAUUUGCACAUUCCUGCAUAACCACAAAGAGAAAAAGGAAGAUAACUAUUUUUCAUUUAUAAUGUAGCUGUUGACCUUGACACUGAUUGCAUAACAGUAGAUGCUAACUGUAUUGGUAAACUGUUCAACCUCCUUCUCACUAUCGCUCUGAUCACAGUAUCCUUCCACAAAUAAGGUUCCCAGGUGGAGCUGAGGUUGCAACAGUCAGUGAAGCACCAGCCUCUGGUUACAUGAGCAUGUUUGCAGGUUAUGUUACCUGCAGUUAUCAUAAGACAUUUCUUCAUUAUGUGAGAAGCAUAUACAUUCAAACUACUUACUGAUGUUUUGGAUAGUCCAAUCCAAUGCCUUAUUCCUGACGCAUCAGCCACCAAUUCAUUAAGUCCAAAACUAAAGAACUGUUUUUCAAGUUGAUUCAUUCUGUAACAAAGUUCUGGCCUGGAUAAGGCUUACCCAUCAAGUUAACUAAAAAUGAAUGGAUUAUUUGAUAAUUACUUUAUUGAAGUUUGUGGAGACUUGCUGUGAGUGCAAAGACCUGCAUUCCUUCGACCUGGGAGGCUGAAAAAUUUUAUAAGCUGUAAACGCAUUUUUUAAUUUAAUCUGUAAGGAAUUGCACCUUAUGUUGCUAAUACUGUAAUUUAUCUUGUUCAUUCAUAUUUACACUUUAUUUCAUUUAUUUACAGUAUAUAAUUUUAUAUUUGGGGAGGUGUAUCAAACAAAAUAGGAUACAUCUAUAUUGUGUUGUUUGUAGCAAACUCUUUAACUUGGUAACCUUUUGUGCAUAAGGUUAUUGGCUGAUAAAGCUUAGAAACUUUACUGAGAAAUUAAUAUUGAGUGGUUUCAAUAGUAACGUUCAAUAACAUAUUAUUGGAUGACUAGAUUAUAUACAGAGUAAGGUUUGUAACUUGUAUCUAAUAUGACUCCAUUAGGAGUUAAUAAUAUUUUUCUUUCUCCCUGAUAAUAAUUUAAGAACUUUGUUGGCUUAUACUGGGAUAUUUGAUACCAGUAUGAGAGGGGAGAAAAAAGACUGAAGGACUUUAAUCUGGUGUUUCAUCUUUUUUUGAUUAAAAAAAUUAUUCUAGAAUCUUAACACCUGUAUCAGUAAUAUUCAGAAUUCAUUGAAAUUCCAGUGAUAGUUUUUAGUUGGGGUGGGUGGGGGAACUAUAAGCUUGAUCUUUUAUGAUAUGUAAAUUCAGACUUUAGGAUGUGAUCAUUAUACCAUUUGUGAAGUGCAAGGCACUCCAGAUAGUUAUUUUAAUAUUUCUAUGUUAUGCAUCUGUCACAUAGAAAUCUCAGAAGAAAUAAAAUAAGCUUACUGUGAAAUCAUUUUGUGAUUAUAGGUGGUGAUUUAAGAAAUAUUUGCAUCUGCUAAAAGGGCACUAUUUGUGAAAUGAGCUUAGAUAAGCAUAUUGCUUUGCAUAGAAGAUUGGGGCUGGAUAACUAUAGGUCUGUAAAUCUAUGAAUCUGAUGCAUGGAGAUAAAAUAAUAUAUAUGAAGGUUCACUUGAACUACAUCCAAUCAUGAUUCCUUUUCGGAAAGGGAGCGAUGUCACUAUUUGAUAUAAUGGCAAAUAAAAUGCAAUUUUUUUUACUUUGCCAACAUAUGUUACAGAAUUGACAUUGUUAUGAUCAUUUAAUACCAAGCGGUGACAAAUAUCUUUAUUUCAAAGAAUUAUUGCCCAUCAGCUUAUGCAUAUUUUGUGCAACUUGUUUGCUGAGGUGUAACACCUGUCUGAUUUCUCUUUUCCCGAUUUUACAGCCCAGGCACCUAAAACAUCAUAAAGUAUUAAUGUCUGUUUGCAUUGUCAUCCCGUGCAGAGACAAAAUCUCUUAUGAUAAUUUUGUAACAAGUGAAAUUGGUGCCUUUUUAUUCAAUGUGCUGGCAGAAACCUAAACAUCUUUGGAAACCUUUUCCAUGCCUAAGCACCCCCUGGUGGCAGGGGUUAACUACUGCUUCAGCUAGCUAAAUAGACUCCAUAUUUGUGUUGUGGGUGGAAGUGGUGCGGGAGAAUUGCAGGGUACAUUGAUCUUUCCACCUUCUUAAUGUAAAAUGAUGUCCUUUAUAUUUUGCAAUGCUUGCAUUCACAAGAUGUAUCAUGUAAAUAUGUCCUGCUUGUUUAAAAUUUCUGUUUUACUGAAGUUACCAAUUAAUAACUAAUAUAUUUCAUAACCUAAUGUGAAAUAAAAAUGCCAUG